AUGAGAAAGAACUUUUCUGUGAACAUGGUCAACACAAUCAGCGCAAAGGAACACAAGAUGAAAGAAAGCGCUGUGGAAGGACCAACUGUACCUGCUAUAGAAAUCGAUCUUGAGACACCAGAUCAGAGUGUUGACGAGGUGGAAAGGAAAGCAACGGAAUCAACACCAAUGCCGAAUGCGGAAGAACAAGAAAAGAAGACGAUAGAGUUUUCACCAAUUGAUACUGUAGAGGACACAACAAGCAUCACACCGGAAAAGAUAAAAGAUUAUUCUCAAACAAAAAGAACGUCGUUCACAGAGAGGAUUGCAGCGAUGGUCGGUUUGAAAACAAGAUAUGAGGAGGUGGUACCAACGACCGAGACAAGCAAAACAUUUGGAACAGUUUCUGCAAUAACAACAGAGGCCAAACAAGACGACGAGCAGAUCAAACGUGGGGCAACAGCUAACCAUAAAAAAACAACUUCUCUUGAGCUGGGCGACUUGAUGGCAAAGUUUGAGCAAAUCGACAAAAAAUUGAAGUGCAGCGAAGAGGAUCGACAAAUGCUAAAAAAGGAAAUACGAUACAACAAGAAUGAGAACCUAGACAACUGUUUCAACCUGGCAAGGGCAACGGAAGAAAAGUUACAGCAGAUGUCAGACAAGGUAGAGGCCACCGACAAAGAACGAGAGAAACAUAUCAAAACGGACAUGCAGGAAAUGAAGCAACGAUACGACACUGUGAACGAAAAGUUGUGGAAUCUAGAGUCGAGAAUGGACACAAUGAGCAAAUACCAAGCUGAAAGUUCUUGUGCCAUACAGUCCAAACUGGAAGCUCUCUUGAGAAAUUUUACGGCGCAAGACAAGCUGGUAGCAGAUAGACCGCAAGGCGCCACUUCAUAG